AUGAUGAGGUACAGAAUAGUGACUUUAGCUCUCCUGGUUUUGGCUUCCGUGGCAAUCGAAGCCAAAGUUGAUUGGUGGGAAGGUGCAUCGUUGUACCAGAUCUAUCCUCGUUCUUUUCAGGACAGUGAUGGCGAUGGUGUGGGUGAUCUGAAUGGCAUUACAUCACGUUUGGAAUAUUUAAAAGAAAUUGGUAUUACGGCCACCUGGCUUUCACCGGUCUUCGAAUCGCCAAUGUCAGAUUUUGGUUAUGAUAUUUCGAAUUUUACUCGUAUCGAUCCCAUUUUUGGUACUUUGGAAGAUUUUGAUGCCAUGAUCGCCAAGGCCAAACAGUUGGGAGUGAAAAUUAUUUUGGAUUUUGUACCGAAUCAUUCCAGCGAUGAAUGUGAAUGGUUUCAAAAAUCCAUAAGAAGGGAGGUGGGGUUUGAGGAUUUCUAUGUGUGGGAUGAUGGUAAGGUGGAUCCGGAGGAUAACUCGAAGCGACUGCCGCCAAGUAAUUGGAUUUCCGUUUUUGGUGGCUCCCAAUGGACCUGGAAUGCCGAACGCCAGCAAUUCUAUUUGCAUCAAUUCCAGGAUAAACAACCCGAUUUGAAUUUUUCCAAUCCUUUGGUGAGACAACACAUGUUGGGUGUAUUGGAAUAUUGGUUGGAUCGUGGUGUUGAUGGUUUCCGCAUCGACGCGGUGCCUCACAUUUUCGAAAAGCGUAACGAUGAUGGUACAUAUCCGGAUGAACCUUUAUCGGGUUGGUCUUCUGACCCCAAUAGUUAUGAUUAUCAUGAUCAUAUUUAUACCAAGGAUCAAUAUCCCACCGUCGAACUGUUAUAUGAAUGGAGGGAAUUUUUGGAUUCGUAUCAGGCGAAGAAUGGUGGAGAUACAAGAAUCCUCUUGGCCGAGGCCUAUUCCUCUGUGGAAACUUUGAGCCUUUACUUCGGCAAUGGCACCCAUUCCGGAGCCCAUUUACCCAUGAAUUUCAAUUUGAUGUAUUUGAACGGGUUCUCAACGGCCCAAGAUGUUGAAAACUCUGCCAACUAUUGGAUGGACACAAUGUGGAAAAAUCAUCAAACAGCCAAUUGGGUUGUGGGUAAUCAUGACAAUGGUCGUGUGGCCGAUCGUAUGGGGCGCCAUAAGGUGGAUUUGCUAAACAUUAUUGUUAACACCAUGCCGGGGGCUUCCGUGACCUAUUACGGCGAGGAAAUUGGCAUGGCCAAUGUCCCUACCGAAUGUACUCCAAUCUCCUGUGAUAAUCGUGAUCCCGAACGUACACCCAUGCAAUGGGAACCAUUGCCAAAUGCAGGAUUUUCUAAGGGACCCUCAACCUGGCUACCCAUUGCCGAUGAUUACAAGACCUAUAAUGUCGAAACGGAACGUAUGGUAGCACGCAGUACUUUGAAUAUUUUCAAGGGUCUACAGAAACUUAAACAUACUGCAGCUUUUCGCAAUUUCAAAGAGAAGGGAGGUUUCUCUUAUAAGGCUCUGUCGCAACAGGUUCUUCAAAUUGUGCGAGCUGUUCCAGAUCAAGAGGAAUAUAUGGUCCUUAUUAAUAUGGGCAACAAAAUGGAAUAUGUGGAAAAUCUGAAUAAUCGUAGCUAUGAAUAUGCCCUAGUGAGUCCACAUUCGCCACGCUCGAUUGGUGAUAAGGCAAAUUUGAGUGGCCGCUUUUAUUUAAUGCCCUACGAAGCUGUGGUCUUGCGCUGGUUGGGCCGAUAA